CCGAUUUCAAAACCCUCGCUCCCAUUUCCAAACCUCUUUGUCUCUCUCUCUCUUCUUUCUCUUUGUCUCGGCCGUUCUCUCUUCUGAAUGCGAACUGCUUCAAGCUCGCUUUGCUUGGUUCCCAAACCCUAAUCAUCACCGUCUUUUGACUCUUUGCACCGUCAAUCGCCUUUCAAUCUGGCCAGUCCCUUUAACUUUUGAUUCCCUGUUUCUCUCGCCGUAUAUUCAUUUCAUACAUCGUACAUAUAUAUAUAUAUAGAUAGAUAGAUAGAGAGAGAGAGAGAGAGAGAGAGAGAGAGAGAGAGAGAGAGAGAGAGAGAGAUAGAUACAUACAUCUAAGUGGGGUUCAAUCGCGUUUCGGUGCUUCGUUGGAGAUGGUCGCUGGCGGGCGAAGCGAAGGCGGGGCUCAGAUUCUCUCUGCCGGCGUCCGGAAAACCAUUCAAUCCAUCAAAGAGAUCGUGGGCAAUCACUCGGAUGCUGAUAUUUAUGUGGUUCUCAAGGAGACCGACAUGAAUGCCGACGAGACAGCUCAGAAGUUGUUGAACCAGGAUCCAUUUCAUGAGGUGAGGAGAAAAAGAGACAAGAGGAAAGAGCAUGUUCAGGUAUUGCCUCAGAAUAUAGGGUACAAAGGUGUGAUGGAGUCUCGGAAAUCUAGUGAGCAGGCAGCUCCAGAGAAGAAAUUUAGCACAUCUAGUCGUGGAGCUCAAAGAGUAGGCUAUACUCGGAAUGGUACAACUGUUGCAGGGGGCAACAGGGAAUUUCGUAUUGUAAGAGACAACCGAGUAAACCAAAGUAUCUCUAGGGAGAUGAGGCCUCCUUUGCUGCCAUGUUCAACAUUGUCCACUGAGCAACUGAUCUCUCAUGUUUCUGUAAAGGGUUCAACCGGGAUUUCUGACAAUCCAAAUUCAUCUGGAUCUGAAGUUAUGCAAACUGUUUCAAACCCUAGGCACUCCCAGGAUACCAAUUCAAGCAGCACUACUAGGAAAGAAUUACAGGAGAAGGAGCCAGUAGUUCCAUCUGCUGUUACACAGUUGCAAGGAUCUAACCCACAUUCUCAACCACAAUUUGCAACUCUGGCAUCUAACCACUCAGUCAUAGGGUUGUACUCAUCUUCUUCAGAUCCUGUUCAUGUCCCAUCUCCUGACACAAGAUCUGCUGCUAAUAUUGGUGCUAUUAAGCGUGAACUUGGGGCAGUAGGUGUUCGCCGUCAGUCUUCUGAAACUUCAGGGAAACCUUUGCCUGCACAAAACAGUUCUCUCUCAAAGUCCCAUCUGGGAAAGGAUGCUUCCUCUUCUAGAGAAUCAGUUCGAGCUUCCACUAGAAAUGACCAACCCUAUCAAACUACUUUAACUGAAUCUGUUGUUCCCAGCACGUCGAUCAGCAGAUCUUUCUUGAGCAAUCAGUAUAAUAGCAGACCACAUCAACAAAUUGUGGGUCAUCAGAAAGCCUCCCAGCCUAAUAAGGAGUGGAAGCCAAAAUUGAGUCAAAAGUCAAGCGCAAAUGGUCCUGGAGUUAUUGGAACACCAGCGAAAUCUGUUCUGGAUUGUCCCACUGAAAGUUCCCAGGAUUUGGAAUUUGAUGCAAUGCAGGUGCAGGAUAAGGAUAAGCCAUCACGAGUUAACAAUUUUGAGAAUCAGAAUGUCAUCAUUGCAGAGCAUAUACGAGUGAAUGAGUCUGACCGCUGUCGGUUGACCUUUGGCAGCUUUGGUUCUGUGUUUGAUUCAUCCAACAAUGUUGUAUUGGAGACCCAAACAGAUGGAAGUGCAGAAAAUUCAUCUGCAGGUCCUUCUACAAGCUUGUCAGUCUCGACUACUGACUCUUCCGGCGAGGAAACUUCUGUCAACAAACAUGUUGCUUUAUCGGAUGAUCAACUUCAGAAUUCUGGUUCUGAUUCCCCCGCAUCUGGUGCGGUGUCUGAAAAUCAAUUGCCUGAAAAGAAAGAGUCUUCAAGUCUCCAGAAUUUGGAUAGGUAUGCCAAGAUGGGCUUGGUUCAUGACAAUGGCUCAUCGUACAGUGCUUUGGUGUCACAGGAGCAGCAAGAUGCUCCUGAAUUACCAAGUUUCUCGGCAUAUGAUCCCCAGAAUGGUUAUGAUAUCCCAUAUUUCAGACCAACUAUGGACGAGACAGUCAGGGGGCAGAGCCUACCUUCUCCUCAAGAGGCCUUGAGCUCACAGACAACCAACAGUACCCCUGCAUCCACAAUAGCCAUGGUACAACAGCAGCAGCCACAAGUGGCACAAAUGUACCCCCCUGUUCAUGUUUCCCCUUUUGGCAAUCUGAUGCCAUACCGCCAGUACAUAUCCCCUGUCUAUGUUCCGCCAAUGCCCAUGCCUAGCUAUUCUAGUAAUGCUGCCUACCCUCACCCCUCAAAUGGCAGCAGUUACUUGCUGAUGCCUGGAGGGGGCUCUCAUCUCAAUGCAAAUAGCCUCAAGUACGGAAUCCAGCAGUUCAAGCCUGUUCCUGCUGGAAGUCCGACAGGGUUUGGAAACUUUACUAGUGCAACUGGAUAUGCUGUCAAUGCUCAAGGUGUUGUUGGCAGUGCAGCAGGGCUUGAAGAUGGGUCUCGGCUUAAGUACAAAGAUAACAACAUUUAUGUUCCUAAUCCGCAGGCCGAGACUUCUGAAAUAUGGAUUCAGAAUCCAAGGGAGCUUCCUGGCAUGCAGUCUGCUUCCUACUAUAACCUGCCAGGGCAAACGCCACAUGCUACCUACUUGCCGUCCCACUCCGGCCAUGGUUCAUUCAAUGCUGCUGCUGCCGCUGCUGUCGCACAAUCUUCUCACAUGCAGUUCCCAGCCAUGUACCAUUCUCCUCCACAGCAGGCUGCCAUGGCUAAUCCCCACCAUCUGGGCCCUGCCAUUGGUGGCAACGUCGGAGUCGGCGUCGGGGUGGCCGCGGCUUCUCCAGGAACCCAAGUAGGUGCUUAUCAGCAACCUCAAUUGGGUCAUCUCAACUGGACAACAAACUUCUGAAAGAGAGUGAGUGCCAAUUAUAGGGCCUAAUCUUAUGGAGGGACUGAAGGUUAGCUGCAAAAAGUUUUCUUUGUGAAAGGAGAAACCUCAUUGCAUUUCCUAGUUAAUGCAUCAAAGUUGCUUUUAAUAUUA